UAAAAUAAUAAUUUCCUUCAGUGUGCCAGUGAGCCCCGUUUACCCCAUUGUACGAAUGCAUAGAAAUUAGAUUAGUAUGAUUGCAAAACAGCUUGAGAGCAGUGAAAAUCUACUGUUCUGCAGUUCCUAGUUAUUUUAGUAAUGAAUUCGUUAGGGCAGUCGUAACCCGGGAAUAAGACUUAAAUUCUUGAAGCUGCUCAUACAGAAGCUGCUAUUGAGAGGUCUUCAUUUCUCCCGACACAUUUACACCCUAACAAACUUCAAGAAUUUAAAUUACCCAUAUCAAUGCAGCUAUGGGACAUUCUGGCUGUGAUAGAAGUAUCCGUAGAGAACGGAUUAUGCAUCGGCUGCAGUUGCUCGAAGAGGAACACCAGCGGCGAAUGGCAAUGUACGACGAAGUAAGUCGACAAUCACGGCUGGAAUACCAGAGGAAACUUGAGGAGAUUGAGCAGGCGGCGAAGUGUGCUGCUAGAAGAAUCAAACUGCAGUAUGAAGCUAGAAGGAAUACGAGGAAAAUUAGGUGCGAUGGCAGGGAAGAUGUCGGCGAUAAAAAUCCUGUGCAGCAGAAUUCGCUCAGUGACAGAACCCAGUCAAAUCAUCAGCUAUCCCCGGCUGAUCAUCAGUUUCCAACAACUAUGUCUCAACCCUCGAAUGUAGUCACCGGCGGGGAUCAAGUGGUUCCUAGUCAAAAAUCUGUACCCGAAGUGUGUUUAAAACCAUUAUCUCCGCUCGUAGUUAGUGUGGAAAUGAUGAACUCACACACAUCGAUGGAUACUGCAACGAUGUGCACGAUUUCCCAACGUAAUCAGACAGACCAGCUGUCGUACAAUCGAUGCGUCGAAUAUGUAUCGUUCGCUGAAAUAGACUCAAGCUCUGAUGAAGAAAACAAUGAACAGUUUCGUAGUAUGAAACCCCUGAAUGUAUCUCCAGGGGCAAUAUUAAACACUUGCAAGGGAGGGCUAAAUACCAUCGAGCCGGCAGAGUUUGCAACGGAAAAUAUAAAUAAAAAUCACAUCUGCCCGUUUCGAGAGAGGAUAAACCGCAAUACUGGAACUAUUGAAAGUGCUGACAAAGUGAUGUGGACAUCCAAUACGAUGUUGGUUACUCAGUUGAAGUUUAACCACAACUAUACAAUAUUUGUAAAUACGGUAUCGCACACUUCUAUACGUCUCAGCUCUAUAUCAAAUAGAUUAAUAGCGCGGAAGAUGGUGCUUGAACGAAGUGUACUAAUAAUAGACGUUGAUGGUAGAAAUACCGAUAACAUUGGGUUUGAUCCAGGAGGAAUUCAUGAGACGAUCGAGUACUCGAUCUAGAGGACUCUUCAUGCGGAAAACAAUAGUGUGCAUAGCUGAAUAUGUUAAACUGCCAACAUGUCGUAAAAUCAACACCGUCGAAAAUCGGAUAUAUCGGAGUAGACUGCACACACUUCCAAGAUGUUCAUCUGCUACUACACAACUACGCGAAAGGAAAUUGAAAAUUGAAGAUGUUUUUAAAUUGCUACUGAAAAUUUGAUUAAGUACAGAUAUGCAGCUGUACCUUUGGUUUAGCAUUAGUUAUAUUUGAAUAUUGCCACAUGCGCGGAUUGGGUACUAGUUAGUAAACAAAUUAAUUUAAAUUUCGACAGUUCAGUAGUAUUACGGAGUUAGGUGCACACAUUAGUGUAAAAGAGGAAGCUGCAUGAUCACGAUC